AUGUUGCCACGCCUCUGUCUCACUGCUUUCACCUUCUGCCAGCCCUUUCUCAUAAACUCAAUUGUCACUUGGGUUGGCUCUACGGACGCCCCCAUGGCCUUUGGUAAGGGCCUAAUAGGAGCUACCGCUCUCACUUACAUUGGCAUGGCUGUAUCGACAGCCUUGUAUGAGUAUCGAACGAUCCGUUUUGUAAUUCGUCUGCGUGGUGGGCUAAUCUCUCUCAUCCACGGCCAAACCGCCCGCGCCAGGAGCGUGGAUCUUGGUAAUAUCACGGCAAUCGCUUUAAUGGGGACCGAUGUAGAGCGUAUCACAAUUGCUUUCAGGUAUAUCCAUGAAGUCUGGGCUUGCUGCAUCGAUAUCGCCAUAGCAGUCUAUCUUCUAGAGAGGCAGGUCGGUGUGGCUUGCGUCAUGCCCGUUGUUAUCAUCUUGGUUUUCAUCGGGGCCACUCUUCCCCUCUCUGCCUCUACUAGCACCGCGCAGCGACUAUGGGUGGAAAAAGUGGAAGACCGGCUGCGCCUAACCUCGCAUGUUUUGGAGAAUAUCAAGGCUGUCAAGAUGCUGGGGCUUUCCGAAAAGUUAUCGUCUAUAAUUCAAAGCCUCCGUCACGCCGAAAUAGUGGCCUCUGCUGCUUUUCGCAAGCUGUUAAUUUGGAGAAUUGUGCUCUCCCAAGCGCCCACUGAUCUUGCUCCAAUAGCGACUUUCACUCUAUAUGUAGUCAUCGCGUUGAUCCGGAAAGACAAUUCUCUACUCGCUGCCCAGGCUUUUACAUCGUUGUCAUUGGUGUCUCUGCUAACGACACCUGUUUUGACUCUUAUCCAGUCAAUACCCGCCGUAAUACAGUGUAUGGGAUGCUUCGACAGGAUGCAAGAAUAUUGCAGUGUCCCAUACGCAUCCGAUAUUUCUGAUUCACAGGCAAAUAGCACCGAGUCUUUCGGCGGACCCUCUGUGGAACUCGAGAAGGUAUCUAUAGGAUCACACCCACAUGGAAAUCUUGUGGAGUUUGACAACCAAAGCUUUGGAUGGAAAGAAGCUAAAUAUCCUGUUUUGCGCGAUAUCAAUCUUGCUAUCAAACAAGGAGCUUUUACUGCCAUCGUCGGUCCUGUUGGCAGCGGAAAGUCAACUCUUUUGGAGAGUAUUCUUGGAGAGUCUUUGGCUACCGAAGGUUCCACAAAGAGGAAUUUUGCCACAAUUGGCUACUGUUCGCAGGCACCAUGGCUUCAGAGCCAUACAGUCCGUGAGAAUAUUAUUGGCAACAUGGAUUUUGACAAAGAUUGGUACAAAACAGUGAUCUGGGCAUGCGGAAUUGAAGAGGAUCUAUCACGGCUCGCCCAGGGUGAUAAAACACCUGUCGGCAGCAACGGGUUAAAGUUGAGUGGUGGGCAGAAACAAAGGAUUAGCUUGGCGCGGGCUUUAUACUCACGAUGCAGAGUCGUUAUUCUUGACGACGUCUUCAGUGGGGUUGAUGCUGUAGCCACGGAGAAGAUCACUUCGCGUCUAUUUGAAGCAAACGGACUCUUUCGAAAUAUGAGAACCACCGUUGUUUUUACAACACACUCAAGCCUUCUCCUUCCAUACGCAGAUCAAAUCGUCGUCUUGGCUGACGGUCGGAUUUCCGAGAAAGGUGCUCUGAAGGAUCUAAUAGCUAGCAGUUCUUACAUCCAAUCCAUGAACGUUAAAUCAUCCUCUGCAAACACCGAAGAGAUGGUGGCGCCGGACGAGAAAGCCUCGACCCGUGGCUUCUCUCAUAUUAUUGGCGUCGAAGAAGAAGAAGAGAGUGUUCCGGACUCGGCUGAAUCAACGCUGAAUGAGGUAUCAGAGGACGAUACUACUCGUCAAAAGGGUGAUUUUUCUGACUACGUGUACUAUCUGAGGGCGACAGGCUUUCCUGUGGUUGCUGCCUUCUUAGCAACGGUUGCUUUCUGGGCCUUCUGUCGCCAGUUCCCAACUGUAUGGGUAGAUUGGUGGACAGCAGCAAAUGAACGAAAUCCCGAGGCUGGAGUCGGUAUGUACCUCGGCAUAUACGCAUUUCUCGGGGUUAUUGGUGUAGUAUUCAUGACUUGUGCUUGCUGGCUCAUGUUUAUUAACAUGGUAUCAAAAUCCUCACUACGGCUACAUGAGGACGUUUUAAAUGCGACAUUGAAAGCACCUUUUCAGUUUUUCCAACUCGUUGACAUUGGCAAUAUUACCAAUAGCCGUGAUAUGGACCUGGUUGAUAUGGAUCUGCCCAUGCAGGCAUUAAAUUUCAUUGCUGCAACUGGUACCUGUACAGCUCAGAUCGUCAUCUUGGCUGUAUAUGCCAAAUAUUUGGCAAUUACCAUUCCUUUUGUCGCCGGCCUUGUCUACAUAACGCAAAAGUUCUAUCUUAGGACUUCACGACAAUUGCGUCUUCUCGAUAUCGAAGCAAAAGCGCCUCUAUAUACUCACUUCUUAGAACUAGUGAGCGGGGCGGUGACAGUUCGAGCCUUCGGCUGGCAGGCCGCUUUCGACGAUGCAUGCGUAUCACUGCUCAACUUCUCUCAGAGACCCGUCUAUCUGCUUAACUGCAUACAGCAAUGCCUCCAAUUCUUCCUAGACAUGAUGGUUGCAGUUGUGACUAUUUCCCUAAUGGCUAUGGUUGUUUUUAUGCGCGAUUCAUUCGAUCCGGGGUCUGUCGGUGUUGCGUUGGUUAUGGUCAUGACGUUUAACAGCAACUUGAUGCUUCUUAUCCGGUUUUGGACUCUUAUGGAGACUUCAAUAGGUGCAAUUUCGCGGAUCAAGAGCUAUGUGGCCACCACGAGGCCAGAAGAGAUUGCUGCAGACAUGCAACAAUUGCCUGCCGAAUGGCCUUCCACUGGAUCGAUUAAACUUUCCCACCUUGAAGCGGGCCACUCAAUGACUUCGGCCCCCGUCCUGAAAAAUCUCACAAUGUCCAUCAACCCCGGAGAAAAAAUUGCUAUAUGUGGUCCAUCAGGUAGUGGGAAAACAACAUUAGCUCUUUCUCUUCUACGAAUGGUCGAGACUCAGCAAGGGAGCAUCGAGAUUGACGGGGUCAACUUGUCAAUGCAUAGCCGCUCCGAGAUCCGGCAGAGACUGAACGUUGUCACGCAGGAACCGUUCAUUAUGCCCCGAGACGUCCGUUUCAACAUCGACCCGCUCCAAAACGCAUCAGAUGAGUCCAUGAUUGCAGCAUUGCAAAGACUGGGGCUUUGGGACUCGAUGAAAAGCGAAGGCGGCCUCGAUAUGCCAUUGAAGACUACUUCCUGGUCUGCUGGCCAGAGGCAGCUUCUAUGCUUGGCGCGUGCCAUGGUGCGGAGGGGAAAAGUACUUAUACUUGAUGAAGCUACUAGCAGUGUUGAUAACGCUACCGAAGAAACAAUACAAGAUAUCAUAGAGUCGGAGUUUGCAACUCAUACAGUGUUGUCAGUUUUACAUCGGCUACGAUACAUUCACCGCUAUGAUCGAGUGGCCGUGUUGGAUGCCGGUGUCUUGGUUGAAUUCGAUACUCCAACAGCCUUAUUAUCUCGAAAUUCGAGGUUCGCGGAACUGUAUCAUUCGGGAAAUCACACAUAG